AGGGCUGGUCGGGUGGUCUCUACAACGGGCGUGCACUUUAGAUUAGGAAUCGCCUUGGACGUCUGUUGCUGACCUGUUCGCUCGGGAUGGACCCGCAGGAUCAAGCGGCAACAAUGGCGAUGGCCUCGCGGCCGCAAGCAACACAACUUAAGGAGCCAGUGACUUUCCGAGAUGUGGCUGUGGACUUCACCCAAGAGGAGUGGGGGCAGCUGGACCCUUACCAGAGGACCCUGUAUCGUGAUGUGAUGCUGGAGACCUUUGGGCACCUUCUCUCUGUGGGUCCUGAUCUUCCCAAGCCUGCAGUUAUCUCCCAGCUAGAGCAAGGUGCUGAACUCUGGGUCGCAGAGAGAGGAGGCACCCGGGCCUGCCAUCCAGGCUGGAUACUUGGACCUGAAGCCCACACAUCACUCAAGGAGCAGGGCCUUCAUGAGAAGGAACUAUCCCCCAUUAAAGAAAGGAAUGGGUUCAAAGUGGCUAUUUCUUGUUAUCCCGUGACAGAGAUAGAUCGGAAAAGUGAUUGCCAGAGGACCAAGAAGGACCAGAGUAACUUAGGGCAAUUGGAAGGCCCCAAGGAAAUAUCAAUUCAAAGUCAAAGCUGUGAAAGUCUUGGACUUGAGGAAACCUCUGUUCUUAGCUUAAACACAGAUCUAUCAUCAGAUGAUUCUAGAAAAGAACUUGGCUGUACUAAUGGCUCACAAGGUAAAAACUCAAAACAUAACACAAGUUUAGUUAGUCAGCAUACAGACUUCCUGGCAACACAGCCCUUUGAUGACAGUGGCUGCCAGAAAACCUUUGAUCAGACUGUGCCCAUUACAGAACUCACAAAAAGUCAGGUUCAAGAUAAACCCUAUAAAUGCACUGAUUGUGGAAAGUCAUUUAACCAUAAUGCACACCUCACAGUGCACAAGAGGAUUCAUACAGGAGAGAGACCUUAUAUGUGCAAAGAAUGUGGGAAAGCCUUCAGCCAGAACUCCUCCCUUGUUCAACAUGAGCGCAUCCACACUGGAGAUAAACCCUAUAAGUGUGACGAGUGUGGGAAAUCUUUUUGUCACAGUACACAUCUUACAGUCCAUAGGAGAAUUCACACUGGAGAGAAACCUUAUGAGUGUCAGGACUGUGGCAGGGCCUUCAAUCAGAAUUCAUCCCUAGGGCGACACAAGAGAACGCACACUGGAGAGAAGCCGUACACCUGUAGUGUGUGUGGGAAAUCCUUCUCUCGGACCACUUGUCUCUUCUUGCACCUGCGAACUCACACUGAGGAGAGGCCGUAUGAGUGUAAUCACUGCGGAAAGGGCUUCAGGCACAGCUCCUCCCUGGCCCAGCAUCAGCGGAAGCAUGCUGGUGAGAAACCCUAUGAGUGCCGACAGAGGCUGAUCUUUGAGCAGACACCGGUUUUAACAAAGCACGAGUGGACAGAAACCCUCAGCUGUGACCCUCCUUUGAGUAAAGAAGAAAGAACUCAACGGAGUGACAGGCCCUUUAAAUGUAGUCAGUGUGGAAAAUGUUUCACUCAGAGUUCUCACCUCAUGCGACAUCAGAUAACCCACAACAGAGAGGAAGAACCACAUGGACGCAGCCGAAGACGAGAACAGCCCUGUGGGCGGGGCUCAAAGCUUAUUCAGAAUCCACACUCAAAUUCAAGAGAGAUCCCUGUGGCCCAGACAAAGGCAGAACAAGCAAGCCGGGCACUGGCCUUGUUUGACCUUCAUGAAAUUAUGCAGGAGAAAACCCCUGUGCGUGUUAUUGGGGUGGAAGAACCUUCACUGGGCAAUUCUAUGCUAUUUGACAUCAGAGAAUCUACAUAUUUCUACAGACCCAAUUCAGAGACUCCAGCCAUCCCGUGUCUCACUGAGUUCAUCUGCCCAAUGGCCAUCCCCAAGUGCCCUCUGAGCCCAGUACUCUGGGAACAGGACAGCUUCCUUCAGGUGAAGGUGAAAGAGGAGGAAGAAGCUAACCUCUGCCAGAGCCAGGGAUGCAACCCUAGCCCUACUGCCCAUCCUGAGGCUGCACGCCUGCGCUUCCGGCACUUCCGUUACGAGGAGGCAUCCAGCCCCCAUCAGGCGCUGGCACAACUGCGAGAGCUAUGUUGCCAGUGGCUGAGGCCAGAGUCAUCCUCCAAAGAGCAGAUGCUGGAGUUGCUGGUGCUGGAGCAAUUCUUGGGUGCACUGCCCCCUGAGAUCCAGGCCUGGGUCGGGGCUCAGUGCCCAAAGAGUGGAAAGGAGGCUGCCAUUCUGGUGGAGGAUCUGACUCAGUUGCUGGACAAGAGAGGGUGGGAACCAGGAGCGCAACACGAAGAGGCAAGUUGUAAACAGAGCAGCACAGACGAGUUACACCCACCAGAGAUGGCCGCGGAAACACCCGCAGGAGUCAUUUCCCCAAAAUCCACCUUUGCCCACACUUGUAAACCUGAGAGCAGCUCUGCGAGCCAGCCAGAGCUCCUAGGAGCACGCUGGAUGAAGCCUGCUGCCCAGGAGAUGGAUUUCAGAAAAGACCUGGGGUCUCACAUGGGUGCCCCCAAAGACCAGCCUGGCUAUGAGUCUGAUGUCUCAGGAAAGAGUUCCAACACGUGGCCCAGCUUCCCUUCCCAAGACAAGGCUUCUUCAGAGGAGAAACUUGGCCCAUUGUAUGACUAUGGGACAGUGCCUCCAGAUACACACUCAGAAAAGAAGCCCUCCACGUACGGUGAAUGUGUGAGAACAUUCCAGAAUACGUCAGCCCUGGAGGCCCACCAGAAGAGCCACUCUCAGAAGAUGCCCUAUGCCUGUGUCGAGUGUGGGAAGGCUUUCGGUCGGAGCACCCACCUUGCCCAACACCAGGUUGUCCACACAGGAGCAAAGCCCCAUGCGUGUAAAGAGUGCGGGAAAGCCUUCAGGCGAGCCACCCACCUGACGCAGCACCAGAGGGUUCACACUGGGGAGAAGCCCUAUAAGUGUGAGGAGUGCGGCAAAACCUUCAGCCGCAGCACGCACCUCACCCAGCAUCAGCGGGUGCACACCGGGGAGCGGCCUUACGAGUGUGACCUGUGCGGCAAGGCCUUCAGCCAGAGCACCCACCUGACACAGCACCAGCGCAUCCACACCGGGGAAAAGCCCUACAGGUGUGACGUGUGUGGGAGAGCCUUCAGUGACUGCUCAGCUCUGGUCCGGCACCUGAGAAUCCACUCUGGAGAGAAGCCCUAUCGGUGUAAGGACUGCCCAAAGGCCUUCGCGCAGAGCUCCUCCCUCAUUGAGCACCAGCGCACGCACACGGGAGAGAAGCCCUACAAGUGCAGUGACUGUGGGAAGGCCUUCAGCCGCAGCUCAGCUCUCAUGGUCCAUCUAAAGAUCCAUGUCACUGUGCUCUAGUGACUGGAAGCACCACAGCACAGCCUCCCUCAGAGAAACCCUGAAUUCCACAGGAGCCAGGAACCCCACUGGUGGAUAACUGUGUCACCCAGUGUCUAAUGGUAGACUGGGGCCAUCUGGGAACACCUCUACAUUUGAGGUCCCAGGUGGAGUCCCCUAAUGAACAUAGAGAUUCAGACCAAUCGGUGAAACUUCCAGAAGCUUCCUACUGCCUUUCCUCUCCCACUCAGGCUGGUCCCAGAAAAAAGAUAACCUGAGCUAAAGAUGUGUGUUGGUUCUUGGAACCAGAGCAAGUAGAGCUGAGUGUCUAUGUGGCUCAGUCACCUCUAGCUGGUCCUCUAGGUAGGAAGGCCCGAGCUUCACAUUCUCACGCGGCUACUGUUCUUGCCAGUUCCUUUGCUGUCCAGCCUAGAAAGGGAUGCCUGCCAGGCUCACUCAGUGCCUUCCUCCUGCUUCCCCACCAUAUUAGUGUAUACCAACGCCAAGACACUUGUGAGGCCGCCUCUCCGGUGCCAGCCCACUCAUGCUUUCCCUGGCUCCACUCCCAUGGUGCUUGACACUUGCCCAGUAUCGUCUCCCUUCCAGACUCCAGCCCUGUGGAUUCACCUCGGGCUCGCCUCUAAUCUAGCCCCUCCUCCCGCCUCCCGCAUCGCCUUGCCUUCCGUGAGCUCUUGCGGCCUCCCACUGGAUUUUGAUCAGGGCUCUUCUUUCUCACUCCUUCCGGCCUUAAUUCCAUCCCCCACCCAGUUUCUUCCUGCUGAGGCUGUUUUUGCUGCCCAGUCAUCCUGUGUCACUCCAGGAUAGGAAGUUGCCCGGCGAGUCACCUUUUCAGCAAACUUUGGUGAAUGAGGUACAAGUAUGCCAGGGUACACAUCACUUCGGCCAAGCAAUUGUUCUAGUUAUCCUCAACUGUGUAUGUGAAUGCUUGUCUUGGUUGCACAGUGAUGUAAAAGUGGUUUCAAAGUACUGGUCUGCCUGUUGGGCAAACUCCACUCCUUGCCUGCUGUCUGUGUUUGCUGCAGACCUGGACUCCUCUUACCCCUCCCACUCCCGUAGCCUCACCUCCCACAUGCCAGCCAACUUUCUCCCACCUGUGUGCCUUUCUGCCUGUCCCUGGAGCCCUGAAGCCCUCAGUCCUCCGAUCCCGCAGAUGUCCUUGAGGAGCUGCCCCAGCCAUUCUGACCUGACCCUCCCUUGCUGCUGUGGGGCCCCAUUCACCGCUGUCUUAAACCUCUCACCCCUCUCACCAUGUCACUGCACUUGCGCUUCUUACAGAAUGCACAGGCCAGUGCUCCCAAGGCCACAAAAUAGUUCAUGCUGUGGACAGGGCACAAGAUGCACAGACCCUUCCCAGGGUCUCCCUUGGGUAGCUACUGUUCUCCACCCAGAGCCCCUGUGCGCACAUAAGCCUGGCUGCAGUAGUCAGAACAAAACAUGGCUAUACCGAGUCUUCCUCAAGCCCUGGGUGCCAUAGACUUAGGGGGUGCCAGCACUCUGCCAAUCCUAAAAUCAUAACCUGUUUACUCUGCCUGACUUCCUUUCCCUCAGAAAGAGGAUCCC